UAGCCUGAAACUAGUGUUGAACAGUGUCCCACUAUACAGAAAUUAAAGACAACUGUAGUACUGUAUAUACAUGCAUGUGCGAGCAUGAAUACUAUGCAUAAUUUUCCAAAAAAGAAUUAUAUUAUAUACACGGCUAAUUGUGCAUAACUGCACACAUGUAGAAAGAUAUUUCCAAUAAAUAAAUAAAUUUAAUAUCUUGGCUAUAUUCAUCCGUUUCUUUUCAAGUUCUUUUACCGAGAGAUCUUUAAAUUUAUUUUCUGAAAUCAUCUUUUUUCCAUAUACUCUCACUAGGUCUAGUUGUUGUACACAUAUACAAUUCGAAUUUCCCUUAAUUAGCAACAUGGAAUGAUAACAAUCCUUUUUUGAGGUUAAUUAAGCACAUAUCCCUGCUUCUACUGCUUUUGCUUUCUUAUUGCAUAAACCCUUGCCCGCGCUCCAAAGAAGAACUUAAUGGGGGAAAUAGUACUAGAAUGGAUUCUAACCUAGCUGGUUAGUGUCCCGGGGAAUAGCAUGCUCAACAUUGUGACAGUUCGGUGUGGACACUGCACAAAUCUAUUGUCGAUGAACUUGAGAGGACUGAUGCACUCACCCCCAGUGCAAGAUCAUCUCCAGGAGAACAUCAACAAGGUCCAUAGCAUCAAUGGCGCCUUGCGUGAUCAAUGCGGCCAUUUGGAGUUCGGUUCUUCGUCCUCAAAGUUCCGGCUGCCUAUGAUGUACUCGGCACAAAAUGAUCACCAGGAACAAGUGCUAAAUGAUCGUCCUCCGGAGAAGAGGCAACGGGUUCCUUCGGCGUAUAACAGAUUCAUCAAGGAAGAGAUACAAAGGAUCAAAUCAAACAACCCCGACAUUAGCCACAGGGAAGCUUUCAGCACAGCAGCCAAGAACUGGGCGCAUUAUCCAAAUAUCCAUUUCGGGCUAAGCCCUGGCCGAGAGGGUGGCAAGAAGCUUAUCGAUGAGACUGUCACAGCCGCGGCGGCUCCUAAGAAGAUACAAGUUUCUACUGAUAGAUGUGCGAGCUCAACCAGCACGAAUGCAAGAAUUAUUAUCACAAAAUAUAAUGUGAAUAAAGAAUAAUUAAGCAAAAAGGAAAAUUAAGUUACUAUUUUACCUUAUUCAUGGGUGAAAAGCUUGUGGAGAUGUAUGUACAUAGAGCGAGCGAUAAAUGGGAAGUGAAACAUACAAUCACAUGGAUUGCUACUAGACACUGGGUUGAAGGAAACAGCUUAAUAAAUAAUCAUUUGACCACAUUGUUGUGGUGUGAA